GUGAGGUACAUGUUAUUGUACGCAAGAAUGAACGCACGCGAGCAAACGCUGUAAAAAAAAAUAUAAAAAAGCGUAUGUACUGAGACAAAUCGGGCAUUGCGUAUAAAAUAAAAGUGUUUACUAUAGUUGCAUCGAGAGUUAAUUGCACAUGCAGAAGUGCACAAGAAAAAGUGCUGAGUUCUGGAGGAAAAUAUUUACCUUAGAAAAAAUAAUACGGAGAAAAAGUGAAAUUCAGAAAUAAUUAAUGAAACAAAAGUCUGUUAAAGUUUUCGUUUGUUUUCGUGCUUGCAACUACACGCAUUGCGAAAUAAAUCGGAAAAAGAAGUCUCUUAGUAAGAGUAAAGAAACGAAAAACACAUUGUACAGCAGCUUAGCGGCGGAGAGUUGUGACAUAGAGGGCACAAAACUUUCGGAACUUUCAAAAAGUAGUUCAAAGAGCAAGUUUCAAUAGUGCAGCGAUUACUUUGGUCUAUCUUCUUUGGCUCCGAAUUCGCAAAGCAAACGGCGUGCAAAAUAAUUUCGAGCGGAAAGUUCACUAAGUUAAAUACCGCAUAAAAGUCGUUAGCGGUGGGAUAACUUCAGAAAUUUUGUGAAUUGUGAUUUAGUCAAGAGGAAAAAAAUAAAUCAGUGUGCAAAAAAUCGUUUAAAAAGUAAAAUAUAUAGUACAUGUAUUUGAGGGGUGUGUAGUGAUCUAUUUAGAAACAUACACAGAGAAUACGACUAUCCAAAAUAAACAGGAAACAGCUAGAGGAAAGUAAACCAAAACAACAAAAUACCUUAAAUGUAAAUCUCCCCGAGGUACCUCUCUCAACUCGAGUUACGCCAACUAAUACAAUAUUAAUGCACCAAUAACAGUAACAGAGCGCACCAAUAACAAAAACAGAAGAUUUUGAAACAGCGGAAAAACCGUCUAGUCACAACGGAAGCGCAACAAAUUCACACAUGCACACAUAUGUAUGUGCAUAAACUAACAAUAAUUUUUAGAACGCGCGGAAAUACUUACAUACGAGUAUGUACAUAUGUAGAGUAAGACUCGUUCACUCUCGCUUGUGACAAAUUGAGCUAACAAAUUAAUGUGUUUAAAUACUCUCUAUCGAUCGAGAGUUACAAUUAAUGUACAAUAACAAACACAUAAUUACUGUAUUAUUUUUGAGAUAGCGGAUAGUAGCUUCCAAUAAAUAACCGGCAAGCUACUAUUGGAUGCGCCACUCAAACGCCCGGUGCAGGUUCUAUUCGAUUGGGGGUGCGUCAAGUGCUUUCUUAUCAACAAAAAGUAAAAAGUUAAAACAUUUAUAGAGACAGAAAUACGUUAUUGUGCCUUCCGGCGGAAGUGGAUUUACUAAUAAUUAUAAAAUUCUUGGAAGCAAACACGUGAUACUUAAGAAGCUCGGUCUAGUGAAGGUAAACCACUAUAUCGGAACUUGUCCAUCUCCAUUAACCAUGCAAGUUGAGUCGAGUUUUUUGAAAUACGCGAGUCGAGUACCGCCGCUUGACCUCUCACAGGUCAGCACCAAUUUUCGCAAUGAAAAUGAGUUGCAGCAUCUUUGGAGUAGCAAGGCGAACUCGCCGUCGACGCUGAAACGGAACAUAGCGUUAAGACAUCCCUACUUGCAUCUGCCACAUACACCCGCGCACAGUCCUACUACGCCUUGUACCAAUGAUAAUAAUAGCAAAGCCAACAACGAUACCUAUAUCAGUACUAAUAACGACAGAAAUAGUAAUUUUAACACAAUACUACCGCAUCAACUGGGUUCCGAUGGCCUGCCAUUAGACCCGCGCGAUUGGACACGCGCUGAUGUUUGGAAAUGGCUUAUUAACAUGGCGCUGUCGGAAGGUCUGGAAGUGACGCCAGAGCUGCCGCAAAAGUUCCCGAUGAACGGCAAGGCGCUGUGUCUUAUGAGCCUCGACAUGUAUUUAUGCCGGGUGCCGGUCGGUGGUAAAAUGCUUUAUCGUGAUUUUCGCGUGCGAUUGGCGCGUGCCAUGGCAUUGCUUUCAUAAAUUCUAGCUUUUAGCACAUGUAUAACUCGUGAAUUGGUAUCAGUUAUGCGCAUCUACCCAUACAUAUGUACAUAGGCACACAUACUAUAUAUGCAAAGAUAAAUAUUUGUAAAUAAGGUAAAUAUUGGAAAACAUCGCUGUCCUAUUAGUUUAAUGAGAAUUUAAAGCACAUCCUACUUGUAUUUUUUACCAAGUACUUGUUUUGUAUUUUAUAUAUUGUUAUAUGUAAUAAGUCCAACAGUAAGUAGUUUUGUUAAUUAGAAAAUUUCGAAGUU